GCUACUGUCGUCAUCUCCGUUUAGCGGCUAUGUUUUACGAGGUCUCUUUCUGAAGGUUUGUCAUAUUUCUUAGUGAUUGUGAAAUAAAAACGUAUAUUAAUUAAUAGUACCUUAUAUAUGAUUGCAUGUGGAAUACAUUUAAAACUGAUUUGAGGAAAUAAACCGUAUAACUAGCUAACUAGCCAUUGCACUCACAGUUGCUAAUCUGUUAGCAUUCUUUACAGUCAGUAUUAGCCUGUUAGCUAGCUAGAUUCUUGCAAACGUUAUACUAGGUAGUAAAAUAUAGCUAAGACGCAACUGCCGCUAUUUAGGAAGCUAAAGUACAUACGCAUGCCAAGUUUUUGAUGGCCACUUCGCAAGUUUAGGCGCACAUAAUUCACACAUCAAAAACUGGAUAGCUAGCAAGUUAUCUAGCGGGACAUUCUGGCCUUCAUUGAAUUGGCAUUUACAAAUCUAAAUUUAUUCGCCAACUUGAGCAAUUGUAAGAAAUCAACAUCAAUUAUUUGUAGUUAGAUACCAGGUAGUAGUUAGCUUCAGUAACGUUAGCAAAAUUUAACUUCACAAGUUGGUGACACAGUGACAAAACCCUAGUGUUGUUAAGGGGAGAUUAUCAGUCUUGUCAUCAAAGCUAAAUGUCUCUCUUUCGCCAUUCAUAGAGUACAUAGUCAGCUGACGAAUUAUGUUGUUCAAACGAAAUGUACAAUUUUCAUCGGCCUUCUGGCCUAAAACAGCUGUCACACUUUUGUUGCAGAAGCAGCAAUGAUGUCUGGCACCGGGGGAGGGAAGCGAGCCUCAGGUGGGGACAGCCCCCCUGGUCCACCUGAGAAGAAGAUUAAAAAAGAGGAGAAGACCACCACCACUCUCAUUGAGCCUAUACGCAUUGGGGGAGUUUCCUCUACGGUUUGUCACUCUAUUUUUGUCCUCCACAACUAGGUCUUGGCCUCCACAUCUUGGUCUUGUCUAUAAUGAAGUUCGUUAUCCCUCCUAUAUUGUUAUCUUCUUCAUUAUCGUGUAUUUGACAUCGGCAGGAGGAAAUGGACAUGAAAGUGAUCCAGUUUAAGAAUAAGAAGCUGAGUGAGCGUCUGGAGCAGAGGCAGACCAUGGAGGACGAGCUGCGAGAGAAGAUCGAGAAGCUGGAAAAGCGACAAGCCACUGACGAUACCACACUGCUCAUUGUGAAUCGUUACUGGUCCCAGGUAUGUACAUUCCACAAUCGUUUGCUGCCAUGAAGGAUCAUAGACAUAUACUUAACCUAAAAUGUAACCCCACACAUACUCAAUUACUCUCUUUAUUUAACUUCCAGUUGGAAGAAAAUGUUCACGUCCUGCGCCUACGCAUUGACCCCACGGUGGUCCCAGCACCACCUGCUACGCCUGCCCCUACCCCAAUAGAAGAGGAUGGUAUGAUGAUCCCACCGCCCCCUCCUCCAGCACCAGAAAACGAGGAGCAACAGCCUCCCCCACCUGAUGUUAUGGAGAAAGCUCCUGAACCACAGCAGGACUCAGGAACAGGUAAAGAUGCUCUCUCUCAACCUUUAUCUAUGCAUAUCUAGCCUCUGAUUCGCAGUAAUGAUACCUCCAAGUCCAUUGCGUUGCCACCUGUAAUAACUGGUGUGAGGUAUGGAAACAUAACAAAGCAGUAAACCUUUCUAGCACUUACGCCACAUGUUUAUAUUGUCAACCACAUCCUAAAUCCUCCCAUCCUAACUGUUUACCUAUCACCAUGGUGUGUAGCACCGCCACCCUCUACUUCCCUUAGUGAGAGUGCCAAGGCCUUCCUCUCCAUUCUGGACAACAGCAGUGAGGAGGAGCUCAGCCUUCAGCUGCAGGACAGGAUGCAGUUUAGCAAAGAGGCUGCUGCUUGCAUGGUCUGCGUCUUCGACAGGCUGCACAGCCGCAUCGAUGGCUUAUGCACCCAGAUCCAGUCCGCAGGUAACUAUUCAGACUCACUAAUCAUGACCAGGGACAAGAGUUUUUGACUUUGUUGUUGUAGAAGCAUGCGGGUUCUAAAUGUGGCAUAAUCAAUCAUGUAGAGGAGUUCCCUACUAUGACAUUUACUCUGGUCUUGUGUUAAAUUCCUGUAAGUCACAUUAGAUCAUAGCAUCUGCUACAUGGCAUAUACACUACCGGUCAAAAGUUUUAGAACACAUUUACAUUACAUUUAAGUCAUUUAGCAGACGCUCUUAUCCAGAGCGACUUACAAAUUGGUGCAUUCACCCUAUAGCCAGUGGGUUAACCACUUUUAAAAAAUUGGGGGGCGGGGGGGGUAGAAGGAUUACUUCAUCCUAUCCCAGGUAUUCCUUAAAGAGGUGGGGUUUCAAAUGUCUCCGGAAGGUGGUGAGUGACUCCGCUGUCCUGGCGUCGUGAGGGAGAUUGUUCCACCAUUGGGGUGCCAGAGCAGCGAACAGUUUUGACUGGGCUGAGCGGGAACUAUGCUUCCGCAGAGGAAGGGGAGCCAGCAGGCCAGAGGUGGAUGAACGCAAUGCCCUCGUUUGGGUGUAGGGACUGAUCAGAGCCUGAAGGUACGGAGGUGCCGUUCCCCUCACUGCUCCAUAGGCAAGCACCAUGGUCUUGUAACGGAUGCGAGCUUCAACUGGAAGCCAGUGGAGUGUGCGGAGGAGGGGGGUGACGUGAGAGAACUUGGGAAGGUUGAACACCAGACGGGCUGCGGCAUUCUGGAUGAGUUGUAGGGGUUUAAUGGCACAGGCAGGGAGCCCAGCCAACAGCGAGUUGCAGUAAUCCAGACGGGAGAUGACAAGUGCCUGGAUUAGGACCUGUGCCGCUUCCUGUGUAAGGCAGGACUCUCCGAAUGUUGUAGAGCAUGAACCUGCAGGAUCGGGUCACCGCCUUGAUGUUAGCGGAGAACGACAGGGUGUUGUCCAGGGUCACGCCAAGGCUCUUCGCACUCUGGGAGGAGGACACAACGGAGUUGUCAACCGUGAUGGCGAGAUCAUGGAACGGGCAGUCCUUCCCCGGGAGGAAGAGCAGCUCCGUCUUGCCAGGGUUCAGCUUGAGGUGGUGAUCCGUCAUCCAUACUGAUAUGUCGGCCAGACAUGCAGAGAUGCGAUUCGCCACCUGGUUAUCAGAAGGGGGAAAGGAGAAGAUUAGUUGUGUAUCGUCAGCGUAGCAAUGAUAGGAGAGGCCAUGUGAGGAUAUGACAGAGCCAAGUGACUUGGUGUAUAGGGAGAAAAGGAGAGGGCCUAGAACUGAGCCCUGGGGGACACCAGUGGUGAGAGCACGUGGUGCGGAGACAGCUUCUCGCCACGCCACUUGGUAGGAGCGACCGGUCAGGUAGGACGCAAUCCAGGAGUGAGCCGCGCCGGAGAUGCCCAGCUCGGAGAGGGUGGAGAGGAGGAUCUGAUGGUUCACAGUAUCGAAGGCAGCAGACAGGUCUAGAAGGACAAGAGCAGAGGAGAGAGAGUUAGCUUUAGCAGUGCGGAGAGCCUCCGUGACACAGAGAAGAGCAGUCUCAGUUGAAUGACCAGUCCUGAAACCUGACUGGUUUGGAUCAAGAAGGUCAUUCUGAGAGAGAUAGCAAGAGAGUUGGCUAAAGACGGCACGCUCAAUAGUUUUGGAAAGAAAAGAAAGAAGGGAUACUGGUCUGUAGUUGUUGACAUCCGUGGGAUCGAGUGUUGGUUUUUUGAGAAGGGGUGCAACUCUCGCUCUCUUGAAGACGGAAGGGACAUGGCCAGCGGUCAAGGAUGAGUUGAUCAGCGAGGUGAGGUAGGGGAGAAGGUCACCGGAGAUGGUCUGGAGAAGAGAGGAGGGGAUGGGUUUAAGCGGGCAGUUUGUUGGGCGGCCUGCAGUCACUAGUCGCAAGAUUUUAUCUGGAGAGAGAGGGGAGAAAGAAGUUAAAGCAUAGGGUAGGGCAGUGUGAGCAGGACCAGCAGUGUCAUUAGACUUAACAAAUGAGGAUCGAAUGUCGUCAACCUUCUUUUCAAAGUGGUUGACGAAGUCAUCCACAGAGAGGGAGGGGGAGGGGGGGAUUCAGCAGUGAGGAGAAUGUGGCAAAGAGCUUCCUAGGGUUAGAGGCAGAUGCUUGGAAUUUAGAGUGGUAGAAAGUGGCCUUAGCAGCAGAAACAGAUGAAGAAAAUGUAGAGAGGAGGGAGUGAAAAGAUGCCAGGUCGGCAGGGAGUUUAGUUUUCUUCCAUUUCCGCUCCGCUGCCCGGAGCUCUGUUCUGUGAGCUCGCAAUGAGUCAUCAAGCCACGGAGCUAGAGGGGAGGACCGAGCCGGCCGGGAGGAUAGGGGACACAGGGAGUCAAAGGAUGCAGAAAGGGAGGAGAGGAGGGUUGAGGAGGCAGAAUCAGGAGAUUGGAGGGAGAAGGAUUGAGCAGAGGGAAGAGAUGAUAGGAUGGAAGAGGAGAGAGUAGUGGGAGAGAGAGAGCGAAGGUUGCGGCGGCGCGUUACCAUCUGUGUAGGGGCAGAGUGAGUAGUGUUGGAGGAGAGCGAGAGAGAAAAGGAUACAAAGUAGUGGUCGGAGACGUGGAGGGGAGUUGCAGUGAGAUUAGUAGAAGAGCAACAUCUAGUAAAGAUGAAGUCAAGCGUAUAGCGCCUUGUGAGUAGGGGGGGAUGGUGAGAGGGUGAGGUCAAAAGAGGAGAGGAGUGGAAAGAAGGAGGCAGAGAGAAAUGAGUCAAAUGUAGACGUAGGGAGGUUGAAAUCCCCCAAAACUGUGAAGGGUGAGCCAUCCUCAGGAAAGGAACUUAUCAAGGCGUCAAGCUCAUUGAUGAACUCUCCAAGGGAACCUGGAGGGCGAUAGAUGACAAGGAUAUUAAGCUUAAAUGGGCUAGUGACUGUGACAGCGUGGAAUUCAAAUGAGGAGAUAGACAGAUGGGUUAGGGGAAAAAUUGAGAAUGACCACUUGGGAGAGAUGAGGAUUCCUGUGCCACCACCCCUCUGACCAGAUGCUCUCGGGGUAUGCGAGAACACAUGGUCAGACGAGGAGAGAGCAGUAGGAGUAGCAGUGUUUUCACUGGUAAUCCAUGUUUCCGUCAGCGCCAGGAAGUCGAGGGACUGGAGGGUAGCAUAGGCUGGGAUGAAGUCAGCCUUGUUGGCGGCAGAACGGCAGUUCCAGAGGCUGCCUGAGACCUGGAACUCCAGGUGUGUGGUGCGUGCAGGGACCACCAGGUUAGAGAGGCAGCAGCCACGCGGUGUGAGGCGUUUGUGUAGCCUGUGCGGAGAGGAGAGAACAGGGAUAGGCAGAGGCAUAGUUGACAGGCUGCAGCAGAUGGCUACAAUAAUGCAGAGGAGAUCGGAAUGAAAUGAACUAAACAUCUGGGAAAGGAGAGAGCAGGCCUCCCUCACCAAAAAAAAUAUAACUCUCCCAACUUCCACCUCAGAAACUAUCAUUGUUUCACUGAACCACCCGAAUAAAACUCUCCCAACUUCCACUUUAGAAAUUAGAAUUGUUGUAAACUACAGCAGACUGUUAUCAGUAGCUGUAAUUAAGUACAGCAGCUACCAACCACCUAACGUUAAUGCCUCGGAUAAUGAGGUUAGAAAAACAGCUGAAUGGUGGCAGCUAGCUGGCUCAAUCACAGGUACUCUUAAGCAUGAAAUAACAUUGGAAACAACUAACCACAGUUGCUAAAAGUUACCAGUAGCUACCCGCUAGCUAGCUAGCUAACUUUGUUGGUCUAAGUAGUGGGUAAGCUAGCCUCGUGCUUCGCCGGGGUCCGCCGAAUACAAUACUUACCUACAAUAAUUACCUACAAUAACUACCUGAGUAAACUACCUAUAAUCCCUAACUACAAUACCUACCUACAAUCUAAAUACAUGGUUUAAGCUUUACUCAACACCAUAUAAGAAGCCAAGCUUACCUUUCAUAACGCAGCAAUGAUUAAACGUUGGGUAGCUAGCACAAAGAUAUUGUAUUUAGCUACUACAGUACAGCCAGCUGGUAGUGUUGGCUAGCUAGCAAUGGCUGCUGUGUUGACUUUGUUUGAAAAACGGCGUCGCUGCGAACGAAUGUAGCUGGCUAACACCUACUCAUUCAAGGAUUUUUCUUUAUUUCUACUAUUUUCUACAUUGUAGAAUAAUAGUGAAUACAUCAAAACUAUGAAAUAACACAUGGAGUCAUGUAGUAACCAAAAAAGUGUUAAACAAAUCAAAAUAUUUUAUUUUUGAGAUUCUUCAAAUAGCCACCCUUUGCCUUGAUGACAGCUUUGCACACUCUUGGAAUGAUCUCAACCAGCUUCAUGAGGUACUCACCUGGAAUGCAUUUCAAUUAACAGGUGUGCCUUCUUAAAAGUUAAUUUGUGGAAUUUCUUUCCUCCUUAAUGUGUUUGAGCCAAUCCGCUAUGUUGUGACAAGGUAUACAGAAGAUAGCCCUAUUUGGUAAAAAACCAGGUCCAUAUUAUGGCAAGAACAGCUCAAAUAAGCAAAGAGAAACGACAGUCCAUCAUUACUUUAAGAAAUGAAGGUCAGUCAACAUGGAACAUUUCAAGAACUUUGAACGUUUCUUAAAGUGUUGUCGCAAAAACCAUCGAGCGCUAUGAUGAAACUGGCUCUCAUGAGGACCGCCACAGAAAUGGAAGACCCAGAGUUACCUCUGCUGCAUAGGAUAAGUUAAUUAGAGUUACCAGCCUCAGAAAUUGCAGCCCAAAUAAAUGCUUCACAGAGUUCAAGUAACAGACACAUCUCAACAUCAACUGUUCAGAGGAGACUGUGUGAAUCAGGCCUUCAUGGUAGAAUUGCUGCAAAGAAACCACUACUAAAGGACACCAAUAAGAAGAAGACUUGCUUGGGCCAAGAAACACGAGCAAUGGACAUUAGACCGAUGGAAAUGUGUCCUUUGGUCUGGAGUCCAAAUUUGAGAUUUUUGGUUCUAACCGCCGUGUCUUUGUGAGACGUGAUGUGGUUGAUGAUCUCCGCUUGUGUAUUUCCCACCGUGAAGCACAGAGGAGGAGGUGUUAUGGUGUGGGGGUGCUUUGCUGGUGACACUGUCUGUGAUUUAUUUAGAAUUCAAGGCACACUUAACCAGCAUGGCUACCACAGCAUUCUGCAGCGAUACGCCAUCCCAUCUGGUUUGGGCUUAGUGGGACUAUCAUUUGUUUUUCAACAGAACAAUGACUCAACACACCUCCAGGCUGUGUGAGGCCUAUUUUACCAAGAAAGAGAGUGAUGGAGUGCUGCAUCAGAUGACCUGGCCUCCACAAUCCCCCGACCUCAACCAAAUUGAGAUGGUUUGGGUUGAGUCGGACCGCAGAGUGAAGGAAAAACAGCCAACAAGUGCUCAGCAUAUGUGGGAACUCCUUCAAGACUACUGGAAAAGGAUUCCAGGUGAUGAUGGUUGAGAGAAUGCCAAGAGUGUGCAAAGCUGUCAUCAAGGCAAAGGGUGGCUAUUUGAAGAAUCUCAAAUAAAUAUAUUUUGAUUUGUUUAACACUUAUUGAGUUACUACAUGAUUCCAUAUGUGUUAUUUCAUAGUUUUGAUAUCUUCAGUAUUAUUCUACAAUGUAGAAAAUUGUAAAAAAAUAAACAAAAACCCUUGAAUGAGUAGGUGUUCUAGAACUUUUGACCAGUAGUGUAUUAUCACUAGUUGAGUAACCCUAGUAACAGUGUUGUCUUUGUCAGUGUGUGAGGACGACAGCCAGGAAGAGCUGCUCCGUCUGAAUCGUACUCUGCUGGAGGAGAAUAGCAGACUGCAAGACCUGGCUUCCUCCCUGCAGAGCAGACACCACAAGAUGUCUAUGGAGGUACUUUGCCUCACCCUGUAAUGUAUAGUGUGUGUGGGGAUUGGGAAUGCCCACAUCUCCAUGGUGUCUUCUCUCAGGCUUUUGUAUCCUCUUCAAUAUGAAUGUCUGCCAUUUCUCAUCGGUGGUAAUACAUGGCGAUUGUGUAAACUCAUCCAGACAAUUCCAUAAUCAAAUGUGCUCUCAUCUGUACUUCUCUUAAUCAGUACAAUGAGCUUGUGGAUAAGGUGACGAGCUCAGAGACCAAGGUGUCUGAGAUGGAGACUGCUGUGGAGGAUCUGCAGUGGGACAUCGAGAAGCUCCGUAAGAGGGAACAGAAGCUCAACAAGCAUCUAGCUGAGGCACUGGAACAGGUUUGUUUUAAUCUGUGGCCGUGUAUAGUCCUGUAUCUCAUCAUCGCUGAUGUCACUCUCAAUUAUCCAUCGAUGGCCAGCGAUAAGGCUGAAGCACCAGAGCAUGCCAGCCAUUGAAUCGCAGCUGUGUGUGUUGUGUGUUUCUCUAUGUCCAGCUGUAUGUACAUGAGUAAAAUAAUGUUUUGUUUUCAAGACUGUAACCACAUCUAUAUAACUAUUGUAGUAUUUCUGGGUUAGUGUCUGUACUAAUAUAUGGGCCAAGUUCGCUAAACACCUCCUUUAUGAUUGUUCUGUCCAGUUGAACUCGGGCUACUACACCACUGGCAGCUCAGGGGGGCUACCCGGAGGCCAGAUCACUCUCAAUAUACAGAAGGUGAGUGCAGACUUGUCACUCUAUUGUCCAACCAUAUUCUUGAGCUUCCCUUCCAUCUUGUUUUGAUACAUUGUUGUAUUCCAACCCUGUCAUAUGGAGUUAAAUUGGUGCCAAAAGUGAUGAUAAUUUAACUUCAUACAUUAUAAUGUCCAUUAGUUUGAGAGCCUGAAUGCAGAGUUGGAGCAGAACCAGGAGCUGGCCAACAACCGCAUGGCGGAACUGGAGAAACUCCAGCAGGAGCUCCAGGAGGCUGUGAGGGAGAGUGAGAAGCUUAAGGUACAGCAGCAGUCCUCUCUGAGGGAAUACAAGACUAAACUCACAACAAUACUCUGUGCAUUCUAUUAUCUGUCUGCUUAACAACGGAUAUGCUCACUGUUUAGACAGUCAUGAUGAGUCAGAUGUCAUGUCAAGGCAGGCAAUAAUUGUAUAAUGUAUAAACACAAUAACUUGUGUUUGUCAUAUUAUGAUCAUUGAAUCUAUACUCCGUAUGUAAUAUCAUGUCGUGUAUUUACUUUUCUGUUUGCUCUAGCCCAAAUGAAUUGCAUUCAUAUCGUUUUUCACCAAGACAUCUUCCAGUGUAUGGGGGGUUAACUCACUCACCCACUUAACUCCCUUUCAGUUGGACCUGAAAAAUAUUCCAGAGGAAGUGGUGAAGGAGACCGCGGACUACAAGUGCCUGCAGUCCCAGUUCUCACUGCUCUACAACGAGUCUCUGGGGGUGAAGACCCAGCUGGACGAGGCCCGUGCCCUGCUCCUCACCGCCAAGAACGCCCACCUCAGACAGAUAGAGCAUAUGGAGGUCAGAAGCACUGAUUUAGCAGAUAGGUUUUACUUGCAGUCAUUGUGAUCAUGGUUGUUUUACCUCCCUUUGGUUGUCGCUUUGGAUAAGAGAAUCUGACAAAUAACUUAAGUGUAGGAGGGAGCUUGAUUGAGCCUGUCUGGGGUAUCAGAUGGAUGGGAUUUGAACUUUUAGGACUAUUCCAUUGGUUCCAUUGUGUCAGGCAAGCUCAAUCAAGCGCAGCUAAUGUAUUUGAAAGACCUAAUAUUACUUGAACCCGGGUCUGGCACGUAUAUCAUGAAUACAAUAGGAAUAUGUGGUUAGAAAGGUAAUGCUAUGGCGACAGUGCCUUGUGUUUGGGCAAAACAUUACCAAUUUGGCGUAAGCAGAAACAGACAGGCUCUUUAGACGCUUGGAAAGUGGAUUACGUCACAAUCGGUAAAGAAUGGCCAACAUUAGUAGUCAGGAUAUCAGAUUGGUGUGAUCUCGCUGUUUGACUGCCGUCAACAGAAGUUGGUGUUGUAAUCUUUUCAGAGUGACGAGCUGUCACUACAGAAGAAGCUCCGCACAGAGGUCAUCCAGCUGGAAGACACGCUGGCCCAGGUGCGCAAGGAGUACGAGAUGCUGCGCAUCGAGUUUGAGCAGAACCUGGCGGCCAACGAGCAAGCAGGUAACGUCUCAUCUCCACAACACCUCCCACUCCCUAGGCUUGUUUCUAUCACUAAAGCAAAUGUUUCUCAGUGUGACUUUUGAAUGGACGAUUGUCAGUGAUGUCAAUCUUAUGUGCUUAGUAAUAUAUGCAUGUCUUUAUUUGUUCAUUUUAAAAUGUUCUGUAACCAAGGAUGUUGACUGUGUGUUUGGGAGGAAUGUAUCCUAUCCUGUUAUCACUAUCCAUAUUGCUCUCAAGUUUGGCGAGACUUCACAAGUUUAGCGCACGCAGACAAUAGUCAGGGAAAACCAUGCGACGGCUCUGACUGAAACCACAUGGUCAUUAUCUUAUCGACACCUCUGUCCCUUUGACCUUUCCCUUAGGCCCAAUCAACAGAGAGAUGCGCCACCUCAUCAGCAGCCUCCAGAACCACAACCACCAGCUGAAAGGUGACGUGCAGCGCUACAAGCGGAAGCUCAGAGAAACACAGAUGGAGAUUAACAAGGUAGGCAGCCGAUCCUGCACGUGAGACCAAUAGACUUUCUUCUCUACGAAUAUUUAAUCAAUAUGCAUAGCUCAUAGAUAGAGCCAGGAGUUUUUUCUGACCAUAUGACCUGACCAGGUCAGGAUAAACUCUGGACCCUUAUUAUAGGUUAACUACAGCCUGGAGUUUGCCCUGGUGAGGUGGUUAGGUCACAUGGUUCAACAAAACCUGAGAUGCACAAUAUCUGGUUAAUAGAUAAGGAUAAACGUGACACUUGAAUCACGAUAUUUGGUACGAAAAUGUGAUAAACGCGAUUGAUGUCCCAAAACCAUUUUCUAUCCCUGUCCCUUUGUCAGUUGCGGUGCCAGAGUGGUGACACUGGGCUUCUGUCGUUGGAGGAGCCGGUGAGCGACAGCCUGGAGGUGAAGAAAGAAGAGGAGGAAGACCAAGAGGAGGAGGAGGAGAGGAGGAGGGAGCUGGAGAGACAGCGGGCCCGGGAGAGAGAGAGGGAGGUCGAGAGGGAACGGGAGAGGGAACGAGAAAGGGAGCGACAGCGCAGCGAGGAGUUGAAGAGGAAAGAUUCGGACACUCUGAAGAUGCUGAGGGCGGAACUUAAGUAUGUUUAGUUUUUGGUCACAGAACACACAACUCGUAUUUUAUAUAGAAUAAAGGGUACUGUCAUAUAGUAGAGUAGAUGACUCAUUGUCUUACUCUGGAGUUAGAUAGUGCUAACUCUUCUGUUUAUUCUCCUUUCCCCUCAGGAAAGCCCAGGAGUCUCAGAAGGAGAUGAAGCUACUUUUGGACAUGUACAAAUCAGCUCCCAAAGAGCAGCGAGACAAAGUGCAGCUUAUGGCAGCAGAGCGCAAGUCUAAAGCCGAGGUUUGUCCAGCUAUGCUCUGACUUCUUUCUUCAAAUUCCAACCUGUACUGUAGGUUAUCAAUGAAAAUCAAUUCAUGAGGUACUUAAAUUGUUAUCUGAAUCUACCCCCACUACAAACUGAAGUAGUGCCUAUGAGUCUCAGUCCGUGUGUUAUACCUAAAUCCCCCCCUCUGUGUCCCAGGUGGAUGAGUUGCGGGUGCGGGUUCGAGAGCUGGAGGAGAGGGAGAGGAAGGAGAGCAAGAAGCUGGCUGAUGAAGACGCUCUCAGGAAGAUCCGCGUGGCAGAGGAGACGAUCGACCACCUACAGAAGAAGCUCACUGCCACCAAACAGGUACUGUAUAUCCACUACACAUUCAAACCGUUUGCAGAGGUGCUGAAUAUGUUAAAUAUCACAAUUGCAGUGGGUUUGCCUUGGCUUUGCCAUUUCUUUGUUUCAUUUGACCAGGGAUUUCAAUGGAAUAAGUGAGGUAUCGCAAUUUUAUUUAUAUUUAUUUAUUUAUUUCACCUUUAUUUAACCAGGUAAGCCAGUUGAGAACAAGUUAUCAUUUACAACUGCGACCUGGCCAAGAUAAAGCAAAGCAGUGCGAUUUAAAAACAACAACACAGAGUUACAUAUGGGGUAAAACAAAACAAGUCAAAAAUACCACAGAAAAUAUAUAUAUAUACAGUGUGUGCAAAUGUAGUAAGUUAUGGAGGUAAGGCAAUAAAUAGGCCAUAGUGCAAAAUAAUUACAAUUAGUAUUAACACCCGGGACCACCCAUACACAAAAAUGUAUGCACGCAUGACUGUAAGUCGCUUUGGAUAAAAGCGUCUGCUAAAUGGCAUAUUAUUUAUUUAUUUAUUAUUUAACACUGGAAUGAUAGAUAGAAAAUAAAUAACAAUAUAGGGAUGAGGUAGUUGAGUGGGCCUAAUUACAGAUGGGCUGAGUACAGGUGCAGUGAUCGGUAAGGUGCUCUGACAACUGAUGCUUAAAGUGAGGGAGAUGAGAGUCUCCAGCUUCAGAGAUUUUUGCAGUUUGUUCCAGUCAUUGGCAGCAGAGAACUGGAAGGAAUGGCGGCCAAAGGAGGUGUUGGCUUUGGGGAUGACCAGUGAGAAAUACCUGCUGGAGCGCAUACUACGGGUGGGUGUUGCUAUGGUGACCAAUGAGCUAAGAUAAGGGAGGGGUUCAAAUUGUUAGGGUUAUGUUUCAGUGGCCUCCCGAGUGGCGCAACGGUCUAAGGCACUGCAUCGGAGUGCUAGAGGUGUCACUACAGAUCCGGGUUCGAUCCCGAGCUGUGUCGCAGCCGGCCGUUACCGGGAAACCCAUUUGGCCCAGCGUCGUCCGUGUUAGGGGAGAGUUUGGCCGGCUGGGAUGUCCUUGUCCCAUCGCGCUCUAGUGACUCCUUGUGGUGGCCGGGCCGCAUGCACGCUGACUUGGGUGGCCAGCUGUACAGUGUUUCCUCCGACACAUUGGUGCGGCUGGCUUCCGGGUUAAGCGAGCAGUGUGUCUCUCGACCUUCGCCUCUCCCGAGUCCGUACGGGAGUUGCAGCGAUGGGACAAGACUGUAACUACCAAUUGGAUAUGAUGAAAUUGGGGAGAAAAAGGGGUAAAAAAGUACCAACAAUAAAUACUCAUCAGUUACUGAGUAUACCAAACAUUAAGGACACCUUCCUAAUAUUGAGUUGCAUCUGUGCCCAGUGUGAUUAGCCUACCUUUUAAAAACUAAUAUGAUAGGCAUAUCAAGGCUAUAGUUUUUUCAUGUUGAUCAUCUAGGUAAGCGCAUUUGCGCUUCCAUUAGGCUACUUUCAGACUGUAAGUGACGGGAUUUCACUAUAGUAUAGGCUGCCUUAUGCUAAAUCAGAAAAAAACUGUGGCUGAUUUGGUGGGAAAGAAAAGCACGUCUUCGCCUGUUUGGCAGUUCUUCGGUUUUAGGCCGAAUGAUAAAGGUGAGCCAGCAGACCUGAAUAUGCAAAAAGAUUAUUAGGGCAAAGUAUGGUCAGACUACAAACCUCCGUCAACAUUUCCAAGUCCAUCGUCCUGCUGAGUUCGAUACUCUGGGGCAGAAAAGGUGAACAUGCUGGUGUUCCUUGCCAGUAACCUUUAGGUCGUUUGCACUCUGGAGCAGGUUCUCAUCAAGGAUUUGCCUAUAUUUGGCUCCAUUCAUUGUAUCCUCUAUCCUUACCAGUCUCCCAGUCCCUGCCACAGAAAAGCAUCCCCAAAGCAUGAUGCUGCCACCACCAUGCUUCACUGUAAGGAUGGUGUUAAAUGGGUGAUGAGCUGUACCUGGUUUUCCCCAGAUAUUGCAUUUUGCGUUCAGGCCAAAUAGUUACAUUUUUGUCUCGUCAGACCACAGAAUAUUUUGCCUUAUGAUCUCAGUCUUACACAUGCCUUUUUGCUAACUCCAGGCGUGCUGUCAUGUGCCUUUUUCUCAGGAGUGGCUUACUCUCCCAUAAAGCCCAGAUUGGUGAAGUGCUGUAGAGACUUUUGUCCUUCUAGCAGGUUCUCCCAUCUCAGCCAAGGAACUCUGUAGUUCUGUCAGAGUGAUCAUUGGGUUCUUGGUCACCUCCCUGACCAAGGUCCUUCUUGGCCAGUUGCUCAGUUUGGUCGGACGGCCAGCUCUAGGCAGAGUCUGGGUAGUUCCAUAUUUUUUCAAUUUCCCAAUGAUGGAGACCACUGUGCUCUUGGAAACUUUCAACACUCUAGAAAUUGUUUUAUACCCUUUAUAUGCCUCAUCACAAUUCUAUCUCGGAUAUCUAGGGACAGUUCCUUGGACUUCAUAGGAUAGUUUCUGCUCUGACAUGAACUGUCAACUGUUGGACCUUAUAUAGACAGGUGUGUUUCUUUCUAAAUCACGUCCAAAUAAUUGAAUUGGCCACAGGUGGACUCCAAUCAAGUUGUAGUGACAUCUCAAGGAUGAUCAAAGGAAAUUGGAUGCACCUGAGAUCAAUUUGGAGUGUCAUAGCAAAGCGGUGUAAAUACUUACGUAAAUGAUAGAUUUCUGUAUUUAAUUUUCAAUACAUCUGCAAAAGUUUCUACAAACAUGUUUUCACUUUGUCAUUAUGGGGUAUUCUGUGUAGAUGGGUGAGAGAAAAAAAUCUGUUUAAUCCAUUUUAAAUUCAGGCUGUAUCAACAAAAUGUGGAAUAAGUCAAGGGGUAUGAAUACUUUGAAGGCACUGUAUAUUUAGGAUUUGUACCGUUCGAUAGGCAAAAGGCAUAUCCUAAUAGGUCUAUUUGUUUUUAGCAUAAGCCAAAAAAUGUUUUUAGUUGAUUGUGUAUUUAUGAUUUUUACAGUUUGAUGGCAAAAACCAUGAGGAUAAUAGGCCUGUUUGUUUUUAGCUUAAGCCAAUGUUCAUUCAAGUGUUAGAAAUGUUAUAGGCUAAAUAGUAUAUUUUUUUUUUAUCUGAGUGUUGACUUUUAUAUACAGUGAGGGAAAAAAGUAUUUGAUCCCCUGCUGAUUUUGUACGUUUGCCCACUGACAAAGACAUGAUCAGUCUAAUUUUAAUGGUAGGUUUAUUUGAACAGUGAGACAGAAUAACAACAAAAAAUCCCCGGGACCACCCAUACACAACAAUGUAUGCACACAUGACUGUAAGUCGCUUUGGAUAAAAGCGUCUGCUAAAUGGCAUAUUAUUAUUAUUAUUAUUAUUAAAUCCAGAAAAACGCAUGUCAAAAAUGUUAUAAAUUGAUUUGCAUUUUAAUGAGGGAAAUAAGUAUUUGACCCCUCUGCAAAACAUGACUUAGUACUUGGUGGCAAAACCCUUGUUGGCAAUCACAGAGGUCAGACGUUUCUUGUAUUUGGCCACCAGGUUUGCACACAUCUCAGGAGGGAUUUUGUUCCACUCCUCUUUGCAGAUCUUCUCCAAGUCAUUAAGGUUUCGAGGCUGAUGUUUGGCAACUCGAACCUUCAGCUCCCUCCACAGAUUUUCUAUGGGAUUAAGGUCUGGAGACUGGCUAGGCCACUCCAGGACCUUAAUGUGCUUUUUCUUGAGCCACUCCUUUGUUGCCUUGGCCGUGUGUUUUGGGUCAUUGUCAUGCUGGAAUACCCAUCCACUACCCAUUUUCAAUACCCUGGCUGAGGGAAGGAGGUUCUCACCCAAGAUUCGACGGUACAUGGCCCCGUCCAUUGUCCCUUUGAUGCGGUGAAGUUGUCCUGUCCCCUUAGAAGAAAAACACCCCCAAAGCAUAAUGUUUCCACCUCCAUGUUUGACAGUGUGGAUGGUGUUCUUGGGGUCAUAGGCAGUAUUCCUUCUCCAAACACGGCGAGUUGAGUUGAUGCCAAAGAGCUUGAUUUUGGUCUCAUCUGACCACAACACUUUCACCCAGUUCUCCUCUGAAUCAUUCAGAUGUUCAUUGGCAAACUUCAGACGGCCCUGUAUAUGUGCUUUCUUGAGCAGGGGGACCUUGCGGGCGCUGCAGGAUUUCAGUCCUUCACGGCGUAGUGUGUUACCAAUUGUUUUCUUGGUGACUAUGGUCCCAGCUGCCUUGAGAUCAUUGACAAGAUCCUCCCGUGUAGUUCUGGGCUGAUUCCUCACCGUUCUCAUGAUCAUUGCAACUCCACGAGGUGAGAUCUUGCAUGGAGCCCCAGGCCGAGGGAGAUUGACAGUUCUUUUGUGUUUCUUCCAUUUGCGAAUAAUCGCAAAAACUGUUGUCACCUUCUCACCAAGCUGCUUGGUGAUGGUCUUGUAGCCCAUUCCAGCCUUGUGUAUGUCUACAAUCUUGUCCCUGACAUCCUUGGAGAGCUCUUUGGUCUUGGCCAUGGUGGAGAGUUUGGAAUCUGAUUGAUUUGAUUGCUUCUGUGGACAGGUGUCUUUUAUACAGGUAACAAGCUGAGAUUAGGAGCACUCCCUUUAAGAGUGUGCUCCUAAUCUCAGCUCGUUACCUGUAUAAAAGACACCUGGGAGCCAGAAAUCUUUCUGAUUGAGAGGGGGUCAAAUACUUAUUUCCCUCAUUAAAAUGCAAAUCAAUUUAUAACAUUUUUGACAUGCAUUUUUCUGGAUUUUGUUGUUGUUAUUCUGUCUCUCACUGUUCAAAUAAACCUACCAUUAAAAUUAUAGACUGAUCAUUUCUUUGUCAGUGGGCAAACGUACAAAAUCAGCAGGGGAUCAAAUACUUUUUUCCCUCACUGUAGGUUCAUUUGAUGGUUGAUCAUGAAAGAGUAGGCUAUGUCUAGGCCAACAAGUCACAUUCAAAUCGAAUGGGGAUUGGGGAGAAAAGGGAAAUUUUAAGAUUUUAAAACAAUAAGCCAGACAACGGAUUGUCAGCUGCAAAAGGCCCAUUAUCAUCCGACAUUGGAAAGGGGGGAAAAAAACGUUAGACCCUAUCUGACAAUUUGCACUGCUUUGGUGCUCUCCGCUCUUUCUACAAUCUACGUUGUUCUCUUGCAUUAUGUUAAUAGUCUAACUACCAUAUAUGUAUUGAAAUGUAUUAAGCUAUGGGGAAUAGGCCAAUUGGCAUGUCACCCUGCUGUGCGCUCACUGCACUGCACCGUUGUGCACUGCCAGACUCCAGUCAAAUUAAAAUAUGCUAAACCAUCAUUUGUGACAUCACGAUGUCGUCAUCAUCGACGAUGGCUGUCAAACAUCGUCGAUAGAAGAUACAAUCGUAAAAUGUUAAUUACAUUAGAUGAAGUGUCAUAGUGAAGUCCGUUGAUACAUAUUACACUGAACAAAAAUAUAAAUGCAACAUGUAAAGUGUUGGUCCCAUGUUUCAUGAGCUGAAAUAAAAUAUCCUAGAAAUGUUCCAUACACACAAAAAGCUGUUUCUCUGAAAUGUUGUGCAGAAAUUUGUUUACAUCACUGUUAGUGAGCAUUUCUCCUUUGCCAAGAUAAUCCAUCCACCUGACAGGUGUGUCAAAUCAAGAUGCUGAUUAAACAGCAUGAUCAUUACAUAGGUGCACCUUGUGCUGGGGACAAUAAAAGGCAGUUAUGUCACACAACACAAUGCCACAGAUGUCUCAAGUUGAGGGAGCGUGCAAUUGACAUGCUGACUGCAGGAAUGUCCACCAGAGCUGUUGCCAGAUAACUUAAUGUUCAUUUCUCUGCCAUAAACCGCCUCCAACGUCGUUUUAGAGAAUUUGGCAGUACGUCCAAUCGGCCUCACAACUGCAGACCACGUGUAACCACGCCAGCCCAGGACCUCCACAUCCGGCUUCUUCACCUGCGGGAUCAUCUGAGACCAGCCACCCGGACAGCUGAUGAAUCUGUGGGUUUGCACAACCAAAUAAUUUCUGCACAAAUUGUCAGAAACCGCCUCAGGGAAGCUCAUCUGCGUGCUCGGCAUCCUUUGGGCUGACUGCAGUUCAGAGUCGUAACCGACUUCAGUGGGCAAAUGCUCACCUUCGAUGGCCACUGGCACGCUGCAGAAGUGUGCUCUUCACGGAUGAAUCCCGGUUUCAACUGUACCGGGCAGAUGACAGUAUGGCGUUGUGUGGGCGAAUGGUUUGCUGAUGUCAAUGUUAAGAGUGCCCCAUGAUGGCGGUGGGGUUAUGGUAUGGGCAGGAAUAAGCUACAGACAAUGAACACUAUGCUAUUUUAUUGAUGGCAGUUUGAAUGCACAGAGAAACCGUGACGAGAUCCUGAGGCCCAUUGUCGUGCCAUUCAUCCGCCGCCAUCACCUCAUGUUUCAGCAUGAUAAUGCACGGCCCCAUGUUGCAAAAAUAUGUACACAAUUCCUGGAAGCUGAAAAUGUCCCAGCUCUUCCACGGCCUGCAUACUCACCAGACAUGUCACCCAUUGAGCAUGUUUGGGAUGCUCUCGAUCGACGUGUACAACAGCGUGUUCCAGUUCCCGCCAAUAUCCAGCAACUUCGCACAGCCAUUGACGAGGAGUGGGACAACAUUCCACAGGCCACAAUCAACAGCCUGAUCAACCCUAUGCGAUUUGCAUGAGGCAAAUCGUGGUCACACCAGAUAUUGACUGGUUUUCUGAUCCACGCCCCUACCUUUUCUUAAAGGUGUCUGUUACCUACAGAUGCAUAUCUGUAUUCCCAGUCAUGUGUAAUCCAUAGAUUAGGGCCUAAUGAAUUUAUUUCAAUUGACUGAUUUCCUUAUAUGAACUGUAACUCAGUCAAAUCUUUGAAGUGGUUGCAUGUUGCGUUUUUGCUUUGUCAUCAUUGGGUAUUGUGUGUAGAUUGAAGGGGGAAAAAAACAAUUUAACCUCUACCAGAGCAUAUGAGCGGAGUGGAGCGGUGAGAAUCUCAGCUCCUCGCUCACGGAGCUGUUCACCCCUCCGCUCCCCCCGCUCAAAGCCACAUCAGGCCAGUCCGCUCAUUAUCGCUCAGCGCUCAACGCAGUUUGCAUCGCGCUCCACUCAAAUCGCCCCCCGCUCACUCCAAAAAAGGAACAAAAUCUGCAUGUAUUUCACUUUUAGCUUAAACCACAGCCUUACUUUAUUUCCCCGAAUUUGUUGCAUACAGACUCAUCUCGGAUUAUCCAUUCUGUCUUGAAACGGGGAUCUAACACUGACGCUAAAAUGAGAUGUUAAUCAGUAUAGUAUAUUCCAUAGCGAAUUGACACGUUUGCCAAUGUUUCUGCAAAAGCAGCGAUGCCCAUUGGAAGUGCAGCGUGAGUGUAAUCGGUGAGCAGGGAUUUGAUUUCUGUGACAGCAGGGAGGAUCAUCCCCAGGUUCCCCAGCUCGUUCUGCAUUUUGUCUGUGAGGUCUGCUAGUGGUGUCAGCACACUGACAAGGUGCGUCAGCUGCCGUACUUGAUUCAGGGUGAUGUUAGCAACAUUAGACUUGAGUUUGUUUUACCAUAACGGGUCUUUUUGGAACAACCGGAUGAACGACUGAAUCAUCCGCAGCUGGCUGCUCCAUCGAAUGGCGCAGGCAUUUGUGGGGCGGACACCUAAUUGGUCGGUUUCCUCUGUGCUCUUGCGUACACUUUUCACCAGGUGCCCGACUUUCACUAACAGCCUAUUAAUGUUGUCGUGCUUGUUAACGGCGUUUUUGAUCGCCAGCUGAAGCAUGUGAAUGGGGCAUCUCAGAUGUACAUUUGACAAAGUAAAGUACUGAUUUAUCAUAGUUUCUUGGGGGAGUGUAGCCCGGUUGAGCUGCGCUGGCGAAGUGUUGCAUCCCUUCGCGUUCUCCUUUACUCAGCGGUUCAUAGUCCAUGAAAAUCAUUUUAAAAAAUGCUACAUCCAGCUCUCUUUUUCUCUCCCUUGUUAUGGUUGGGCCUUUGCGUGCAGUGAAUAAACUUUUGAAUUCCUCAACCCUUUUCUCUUGUUGCUGCUGCUCCUCUUGCUCUAUAAAAUACAAAUUCAUGGACGACACAAAUUAAAUUAAACAGAUGGAUUCUGGGUCAGGCUUGAGCAUGCUUCAGACUCGUGGUGUGAGCGAGCGAAAUUGGAGCGGGACAUAGGGCGACGCUCCGUCCUUUUAAAAAUGCCGCUCUGCGCUCUGUUCAAAAUCCGUCCGCUCACGCUCCCGCUCCACUCCGCUCAUAUGCUCUGACCUCUACGGGAUCGGUGUCCCGUAUACGGGACAGUUGAGCAAACGUGCGCUAAUGUGAUUAGCAUGACUGGUGUAAGUAACAGCAAACCUUUCAGGACAUAGACAUGUCUUAUAUGGGCAGAAAGCUUAAAUUCUUGUUAAUCUAACUGCACUGUCCAAUUUACAGUAGCUAUUACAGUGAAAAAAUACCAUGCUAUUGAGAGAGCACAACAACAAAAAAAUUAUCACACGGCAACUGGUUUGAUACAUUCACCUCUGAAGGUAAAUAAUGUACUUAUAUUCAGUAAUCUUGCUCUGAUUUGUCAUCUGAAGGGUACCAGUGAUAAAAUGUAGCAUAGUUUUGUUUGAUAAAAUACAUUUUUAUAUUCAAAUGUAGGAACUGGGUUCUACAGUUUGAACCCCUGCUGUCUCUGGCUCCACACCCACCGUGCCCGGCCAUCUAGAUGUGUGAAAGUUGGUGUAUAAGCUAAUGAUCCAUCAUGUAUGACAUUCCUGGGAGUGUGUAAACUUACAUUUUGUAUUACCAUAUCAUUUUUGUAUGUUCUUUAUAGUUAUGUACUUAAAUGUAUCAUUUGACCAAUUCGGCACAUUUGGGCAGACUUGAUACAAAAUAGUCCAGUAUUGCAAUGCUUCACUGGAUCAACCUGAAUCUUUGCACACACUGCUUCCAUCUAGUGGUCAAAAUCUAAAUUGUGCCUAAACUGCAAUAUGAUAUUGUGGCCUUUCUCUUGCAUUUCAAAGAUGAUGGAACCAAAAAAAUAAUAGAAAGCGCAUGUUUUUUUGUUUGUAUUAUCUUUUACCAGAUCUAAUGUGUUAUAUUCUCCUACAUUAAUUUCACAUUUCCACAAACAUCAGUGUUUCCUUUCAAAUGGUAUGAAGAAUAUGCACAUCCUUGCUUCAGGUCCUGAGCUACAGGCAGUUAGAUUUGGGUACGUCAUUUUAGGCGAAAAUUUGAGAGAGAGAAAAGGCUCCGACCCUUAAGAGGUUAAUCCAUUCUAGAAUAAGGCUGUAACGAAAUGUGGAAAAAGUCAAGGUGUCUGAAAUAUGUUCAGAAUGCACUGUAAAUAACACCGUGUGAUCUAAUUUGACCUAAUGUGUUUAUCUGGCAUAUUGUACCAAGUGUCUGUCUCUCUCUCUCUCAAGGAGAUUUAACCUCAAUGAAAUUAAACUACAUAACUAACAGUUAAAUAAAAAAAUGAAAACAACUCUAUUCCAACCUCCUAACCCCCUGUACCUCUCCAUUCUGUCCAGGAGGAAGAGGCCCUACUGAGUGAGAUGGACGUGACGGGUCAGGCCUUUGAGGACAUGCAGGAGCAGAACAGCCGGCUAAUGCAGCAGCUGAGGGAGAAGGACGAUGCCAACUUCAAGCUGAUGUCGGAACGCAUCAAGUCCAACCAGAUCUACAAGCUGCUGAGGGAGGAGAAGGAGGAGCUGGCCGACCAGGUGCUCACCUUCAAGACCCAGGUGAGAGGGACUGUGGAGGAUGGACUGUCGCAUCGUGUUUGUGUUUAUUUCCAGGGCAACUUGCAAAGCGGAUUUAAAACGGGUGCACAACUCAUUUGGCAAGGGAAACAGGGGAAACCAUUUUUUUUUUUUACAAAGAAAACCUUUACAAAAAAUAGCAUAUCUCGGGCCGCAUUGAAAACACUGGCUAUUGAAAUAAAAUAAAAAUAAACAUUUGAUAGUAGUCUGGAUAAUGCUUGUGUUUCUGAGCCAAUGAGGAAGAGGUCUGAUUGGUUCCCCUUGCUGUCUGUCACAGGUGGAAGCACAGCUAUUGGUUGUACAGAAGCUGGAGGAGAAGGAGGGCAUCCUCCAGAGCACACUGGCCACUCUGGAGAAAGAGUUAGGAGUCCGCACACAAGCACUAGAACUCAACAAGAGGAAGGUAGGAAAACAAUACCUCUACUACUACUAAGAUAGUUUUAAACUCUCCUUCUUCCACAGUUACCUUACCAAUACUACUGCUUUUACUAUUUAUACUGUAAUGCCACGGUUACAAAGGACAAAUACUAGCAAUUGUAUUGCUGGUCACUCUUCUUGUAACGUUCUGUUGGGAGUAUCUCUGAGUGUCUCUUGCCCCUCCAUGUCCCCAGGCGGUGGAGGCAGCCCAGCUGGCUGAGGACCUGAAGGUGCAGCUGGAACACACCCAGUCCAAGCUGAGAGAGAUCCAGGUGUCUGUGUCCGAGAACCGCACUGCCAGAGAGAGGGAGUUGGGCAACCUCAAAAGAGCACAGGUACACACAACUACUGACAAGUCUGUCCAUUCUAGCCCUGAUAUGUUAAUUUGUCAAACCCCUAAAAGUCUUCAGCGAUUACAGUGGGAAAGAAAAUUAGAGCGUGUGAAUGUUAACUGUAGGUUUAAUAUGGUCGUGAAGAGGGCACGACAACGCCUAUUCCCCCUCAGAAGACUGAAAAGAUCCUAAAAAAGUUAUACAGCUGCACCAUCGAGAGCAUCCUGACUGGUUGCAUCACCGCCUGGUAUGGCAACUGCUCGGCCUCUGACCGCAAGGCGCUACAGAGGGUAGUGCGUACGGCCCAGUACAUCACUGGGGCCAAGCUUCCUGCCAUCUAGGACCUCUAUACCAGGCGGUGUCAGAAGAAGACCAUAAAAGUUGAAGACCGACUCCAGCGGUACCAGAGCGCCAAGUCUAGGUCCAAAACGCUCCUUAACAGCUUCUACCCCCAAGCCAUAAGACUGCUACACAGUCAAUCAAAUGGGUACCCGGACUGCUACUCGCUGUUUAUUAUCUAUGCAUAGUCACUUUACCCCUAUCUACAUGUACACUACCAGUCAGAAGUUUUAGAACACCUACUCAUUCAAGAGUUUUUCUUAAUUUUUACUAUUUUCAACAUUGUAGAAUAAUAGUGAAGACAUCAAAACAAUGAAAUAACACAUGGAAUCAUGUAGUAACCAAAAAAGUUUCAUUCCAGGUGACUACCUCAUUAAGCUGGUUGAGAGAAUGCCAAGUUUGAUUCCAUAAGUUUUAGAACACCUACUCAUUCAAGGGUUUUUCUUUAUUUUUACUAUUUUCUACAUUGUAGAAUAAUAGUGAAGACAUCAAAACUAUGAAAUAACACAUAUGGAAUCAUGUACAGUCGUGGUCAAAAGUUUUGAGAAUGACAAGUAUUGGUAUUAACAAAGUUUGCUGCUUCAGUGUUUUUAGAUAUUUUUGUCAGAUGUUACUAUGGUAUACUGAAGUAUAAUUAAAAGCAUUCCAUAAGUGUCAAAGGUAUUUGUUGACAAUUAUAUUAAGUUUAUGCAAAGAGUCAAUAUUUGCAGUCUUGACACUUCUUUUUCAAGUCCUCUGCAAUCCGCCCUGGCAUGCUGUCAAUUCACUUCUGGGCCACAUCCUGACUGAUGGCAGCCCAUUCUUGCAUAAUCAAUGCUUGGAGUUUGUCAGAAUUUGUGGGUUUUUGUUUGUCCACCCGCCUCUUGAGAAUUGACCACAAGUUCUCAAUGGGAUUAAGGUCUGGGGAGUUUCCUGGCCAUGGACCCAACAUUUCGAUGUUUUGUUUCCGGAGCCACUUAGUUAUCACUUUUGCCUUAUGGCAAGGUGCUCCAUCAUGCUGGAAAAGGCAUUGUUCGUCACCAAACUGUUCUUGGAUGGUUGGGAGAAGUUGCUCUUGGAGGAUGUGUUGGUACCAUUCUUUAUUAAUGGCUGUGUUCUUUAGGCAAAAUUGUGAGUGAGCCCACUCCCUUGGCUGAGAAGCAACCCCACACAUGAAUGGUCUCAGGAUGCUUUACUGUUGGCAUGACACAGGACUGAUGGUAGCGCUCACCUUGUCUUCUCCAGACAAGCUUUUUUCCGGAUGCCCCAAACAUUCGGAAAGGGGAUUCAUCAGAGAAAAUGACUUUACCCCAGUCCUCAGCAGUCCUUGUACCUUUUGCAGAAUAUCAGUCUGUCCCUGAUGUUUUUCCUGGAGAGAAGUGGCUUCCUCGCUGCCCUUCAUGACACUAGGCCAUCCUCCAAAAGUCUUCGCCUCACUGUGCGUGCAGAUGCGCUCACACCUGCCUUCUGCCAUUCCUGAGCAAGCUCUGCACUGGUGGUGCCCUGAUCCCGCAGCUGAAUCAACUUUAGGAGACGGUCCUGGCGCUUGCUGGACUUUCUUGGGAGCCCUGAAACCUUCUUCACAACAAUUGAACCUCUCUCCUUGAAGUUCUUGAUGAUCCGAUAAAUGGUUGAUUUAGGUGCAAUCUUACUAGCAGCAAUAUCCUUGCCUGUGAAGCCCUUUUUGUGCAAAGCAAUGAUGAUGGCACGUGUUUCCUUGCAGGUAACCAUGGUUAACAGAGGAAGAACAAUGAUUUCAAGCACCACCCUCCUUUUAAAUCUUCCGGUCUGUUAUUCUAACUCAAUCAGCAUGACAGAGUGAUCUCCAGCCUUGUCCUCGUCAACACUCUCACCUGUGUUAACGAGAGAAUCACUGACAUGAUGUCAGCUGGUCCUUUUGUGGCAGGGCUGAAAUGCAGUGGAAAUGUUUUUGGGGGAUUAAGUUCAUUUUCAUGGCAAAGAGGGACUUUGCAAUUAAUUGCAAUUCAUCUGAUCACUCUUCAUAACAUUCUGGAGUAUAUGCAAAUUGCCAUCAUAAAAACUGAGGCAGCAGACUGUGAAAAUUAAUAUUUGUGUCAUUCUCAAAACUUUUGACCACAACUGUAGUAACCAAAAAAGUGUUAAACAAAUAUUUAAUAUUUGAGAUUCUUCAAAUAGCCACCCUUUGCCUUGAUGACAGCUUUGCACACUCUUGGCAUUCUCUCAACCAGCUUAAUGAGGUAGUCACCCUUGGUUACUACAUAAUUCCAUGUGUUAUUUCAUAGUUUUGAUGUCUUCACUAUUAUUCUACAAUGUAGAAAAUAGUAAAAAAUAAAGAAAAACCCUUGAAUGAGUAGGUGUUCUAAAACUUUUGACCGGUAGUGUACAUAUUACCUCAACUACCUUGACUAACCUGUACCCCCACACAUUGACUUGGUACUGGUACCCCCUGUAUAUAGCCUCAUUAUUGUUUAUUUUAUUGUUACUCUUUUAUUUGUUUUACUUUAGUUUAUUUAGUAAAUAUUUUCUCAACUCUCAUAUUUCUAAACUGCAUUGUUGGUUAAGGGCUUGUAAGUAAGCAUUUCACGAUAAGGUCUACACCUGUUGUAUUGGUGCAUGUGACAAAUAACAUUUGAUUUGAUUUCACUACUAAAGUAGUUGACUGUCUGUCUAACUUAUAGGAGGACCUGUCCAGGCUACGACGAAAGCUGGAGAAGCAGAAGAAAGUGGAGGUGUACACUGAUGCUGAUGAGAUCCUGCAGGAGGAGAUUAACCAGUACAAGGUGAAAAAAGAAACUUGACCAAUCUUGAUGGAAUAGCCUUACUUUUUGUUUUAUCAAUUGCAUGAGGUGGUACAUGUGAGAAGGUUCACAUAGUGUGUCUUGUGGUACAUUUUCUAUCCAAAUUGACCCUGCCAUUUUCUCUCAUCCACCCCUUCGCAGGCGAAGCUGCGUUGUCCGUGCUGCAACACCCGCGACAAGGAGACGGUGCUCACCAAGUGCUUCCACGUGUUCUGCUACGAGUGUCUGAAGACGCGCUACGACACCCGACAGAGGAAGUGCCCCAAGUGUAACUGUGCCUUCGGGGCCAACGACUUCCACCGCAUCUACAUCACCUAA